AAAUAACACAAGGAUGACUUGGAAAUGUUUCCCCUUGCUCCUCCUCGCAGUAUGCUUGGAGACAUCGGUCCUGGCAGGGGACUUUUGGACGCAUUGCCACGAACGUCACUUCUGGGUUACAAUAAAGUCAACCUUCCUCGCUGAGAAGUUCGGUUUCAAUUUUGAAGACCGGAGUGUGGUCCACAUCCCAUCCGCUCGAGAGGCGGCCAAAUGCGGCUACACGGCCUUCCUGAACCACCGUGGCGACCUGGUGUUCCGGGCAUCCUUUCUUGCCUGCAACGUCCUAAGUCAGAAUGACACAGAGUACAGUUUGAAUAUGUGGUUUUGGAAUCGCUGGGCCAACGGGACUGCCACAGCUUUUCCAUUCCGCCUCUACUGCGCCCUCCAGUGGCCGUGGGGCGCCAGGGAGAUAGUGUGUGAGGAGAACUACAUGGAGGUGUCUGUCCAACUCCCCGUGCUUCAUGCUUCCUUCAAAGCUCAGCCGGACAAUACGGUGUUGGAGUCGGGGGUCCGGAUACACCGGCAGUCCGCAACAGGGGAGGACGAAGGGGAGGCCAGCCUAGAGCCCGUCAUGUCAUGGAGGGAGGCCUCCGACCUGGGCUACCUCGUCUCCCACGCCGGGCCCCGGCUGCUGCUCCGCGCGGCGUACUCCUCUCCUCUGUCGUACACCGUCAAGGAGCAGGGAUUGGACAUGGAGGUGAUGAGCGCCUCCGUCCUCCUCUCAGUCCAGGGGGUCCCGAUGGCCGUCAGCACCGUCGCCGCCUGCAACAAGAACCAGGCCGUAGUGGACGGUCCUGACCUGCUGUGGGCGGACCCCCACGCCGUCCCCCAGCUGACCCGGGGCCGGCUCCGGGAGGGGCCCUCGAGGCUGGGGGUGGGGCCCCUGAUGGUGAGCGCGGUCGAGGCCCAGGAGAGGGGGUACCGCGUCCGUCUGUCCGACGGGCGGCUGGAGCUCCGGGUCCCCCUCGCCUCCCCGGGGGUGGACGUCACGAGCGCGGUGGUGGAGGGCCGCUACGGUCAGCGAGCGGGGCUCCAGCUGUUCUUCCUGCGCCAGUGGGGGGACGAGCGUUGGCCCCUCACCCAGCACCGAUCCCUCCGGCUCCUGAGGGCCCCCUUCAUGCCGCGGGCCCCUCUGCUCAGCCACAACACGGUGGCGUCUGAGGGGGUCUUUGACGUCACCCUGGGGAGCUUCCCGUCUGACGUGUCCCUCGACCGGGUCAAAGUGCGUGGCGGCGGCGGCGGCGGUGGCGGCGGCGGCGGCGGAGGGAAGGUGCUCUGGAGCCGGACCACCGGGGGCCACGAGGUGUCUAGGGUCGACCACGGCAACGGGAGCCACUCCUACCAGCUACAGGUCCCGCUCUCGCACGCCGCCGUGAUCGAAGAGCAUAGAGCGGCCGGCCACCGGACACGCAGCCUCACGGUGACCUUUGACCUCCGGGUUUCCCCCGGCGGUGAGGUAUUCCCCUAUCCCGCCACCUUGGAGAGCAGCGCUCCAGACUCCCACGAGGGGGGCCGUCUGCGUCUGGAGGCCCGCUGCUUGGAGCGGAGCCUGCUGGUGCGGCUGCACUACGGGGCCCGGGGCCCGGACCACCUCCAGUGGGAGCUGUACCUGGGGGGCCGGCGGCUGGACAUGGAGCUGGCCCGGAUGGGGCGGUUCCGUCUGGAGGACCACGAGGACAGCCUCAGCGUGGAGAUCCCCCUCCACGGCCCCGGGAUGGUGUUCGAGGAGGUCACCCUGGGCCGCGUGGGGGUCCGGGCCCAGCUGUCCGUGGUGGGCCUGGGGUCCCGGGAGGAGGAGGACCGGAUCGUCCAGAGGUGCACCUUCGCUCCCGGCGAGCUGCUAGCGUGCCUGCCGGAGGGACGGGUGGUGGCGGUGGUGGACACCACCCACAGCGCCCCCCCCGUGCAGCCCAACCGCACCACCCUGUUGGAUCCCAGCUGCGUCCCCAUGGAAACGGACAGCGCGCGGGCACUGUUCGUCUUUGACGUAGGGGCCUGUGGCACGACGCUGACGACUGAAGGUGAUCUGCUCAUUUAUGAGAACCAGGUUAGAAAUCAUCAGGAGUUUCUUCCUCUGGUUGGGGACCCGGUGAUACAGAGAGAUACUCCGUACAGGCUGACCCUCCAGUGUCGCUACCCGGCCAGCGACUCCAGGAACCUCUUUUCGUCCCCGCACGUGUAGCCCAACUCUGGGCCUGAGCUCCUCACUUCACAGCAGGGACGGCCUCCAGCCACGGCCAAGUUAUGACCAGACACUCGUGGCUAUCCUGGAGACGGACUGAUUCUCUACCUUGGAAUGCAGACAUUUAUAAGUGAAUCCCUGCGUCGAAUGUUGAUGUGUUCUUUUUUUAUCCAAUGGCACCUUCUCUGCAAAUAUACCUAUCAAUAAACUCUCUG